UUGUUCACCCCUCAGUCGGGAGAUGUCGGGGGGGUUCGGACGGGAUCGGGAGGCUGCGUCGCAGAGCGCGCGCGCGUGCCCGGCCGCUUCGUCAUUGCGACGGAGGCUGUCGUCUGUCGACGCUGGGCCUCUUGUCGUGUGAAACGCUUACCUGGACCGGCGAUUGUGGCUCAAUGUAAGGAAGCCGCGACCGUGAAUUCAUGUGCGCAGGGAGGUGAGUGCAGGGGCGCACGGGCGAAAUGGCCACAACAACCAGCUGAUAGCAUGCGGGCGGCGGCGCUCCGGCCCGCCCCAACCUAG